AUGGCCGAAAUGGAGGAAAACACUGUCUUUGAAAUAAAUGAUUUCACUAUCGUCACUGAUAUGGAGCAUUUUGGCGCCGCGUUCGAGGGAAUCAUCCAAAAAUACGAAUUUUCUGGACGCCGACCAAGUUUACCGGAUGAUGUCAAGUACCGCAUGGUGGUCACCGACACAAACGUGGUUUCGAUUGCGGAGAACAAACUGCGCAUCGAUUAUCUUCAGCCAAUGCCAAUCUCACUUGACGAAGCAGCAAAGUUAGCAGAGAAGACUUCUGAAGUAGAGAAAGAUGAAACUGAAGAUGUACACCUCGCUCCGUUCACUGUCGCCAAAGAAAUCGCAAAUAUCAAAAAUGGAUUCGAAAGUACUGACAGUUUCGUGUUGAAGUUCGGAGUUCGUGAAUGCAUCGUCGUCACUCCGAACGAUAGCUCCUGCACUUUUACCGACGAGAAUCAAGUUAACACAGUGAUGGGAAAUAUCCGAGCAAUUCUUCACGCCAGUCGGUGCGAGGUUCCCGUUUUCUGCUACAUCAAGGAUGAGAGUUUGGACCUGAUUGCUGGAUACGCGUCGGAUGGAAACUCCACGUACAAAUUCUCGUCGGUGGUGCUUCGCAACAUCAAUCCAAGGCAUUGCACUAUGAGCGACCUGUUGUCAUUGUUCAGAGAACACUUGGGAGCCAGAAUCUCCGCGUUUGACGAAGAGAUACGGAUAAGUACAAGAUUCACUCAUGUUGUGCCGCUGAAACAAAACCCGUACCUCCGUAAUCACACUAUGGAUAGUUUUGGACUGCUUGCUACUGGUCCAUCGUUGACUUUGCCAUUUAACACAUUGGAAGUGGCUGCAACAUGGCGUCUCUUCCGUGAGGACUCAUUUACCGAGCACCAUGAUCAUUCGGACUUUAACAUCAACUUCUCCACACAUUGGAGUGUCAAGAUGAAGUCUACGCAAAACUCGCUGCUUGGAGUCUUUGACGAGAUUCUCGGAGUGUACAGAGAAGUAACGCGGAAAAUGAUUCGUUCUGAUGUCACACCUGCAGUGCUUCUCGGAAAACACUACACACAGAAGGAUAUGCCGAAUGUCUUCCAGAAGCUUACAGUAAACUCCGCGUCAGAGGUGAAAAUUGGGAAGCACGUGGAGCCGGAGAGCGAGGGAACGAGCGGACCAAUGCCACCAUCGUUGAUGCGUGCUUGGGUUGACUUCAUUUUCAACGAACACACGGAGUACGAUGAGUUGGCUCAUGAGCUCAACCUGCUCAACGCGACAAGUAUGUCGGGAACCCAGUGGUCUGAGGAGGAUCUGGUCAAUAACGUGAAGUUGGAUACGCUUUUCAACUACAAAGAUUCCAACUCUACCAACUCAUUCCUGGCUCCGUACAAAUGCGCAAAGAGAGGAACCACCACUUGGAGACUGGCUGUCGCUCUGGCUAAUGCGAGAAUCUUCAUGAAGGAGACUCCACGAGCGGAGCCACAGUUGUGGGUGGAGUUCUUGUUGAGACUCCGCAAAAAGUAUGAGACAAUGGAGACUGUUGAAAGAGUGAACAAUGGCAUCGACCACAUGCAGUGUGGGUUCUCUCAAAAAAUGCAAAUGCUGCAGAUGUGUAUUGACGCUCGUCACAAACGACAUAAGAUUUUCGACUCUGCUCACAAAGCCAAUCCGGAUGAGUUCUUCGAUGCCAAUGAUACGUUCAACGCUGAUACGACCCUAGAGCCCAACAAUGAAGGACGUUAUCGAUUGGCUGGAAUGAAUCUCAUCGGAAACUCAAGUGAGCCAAUGUACAUACCAGUUACACAAGAUGCGUGCCCACUGACGGAUGAGAUGAUUGAUGCCAGGAACGAGCAUUUGUUUAGCCUUGGCGACGAGGAGCGUGUGAAUCUCCAAAUGGAGUUGGUCAAAAGUGACAUGCAGAGCUUCAAGGCUGCUAACCCCGGGGCGGUGUUCGCUGACUUUUUGAGAUGGCACUCGCCGAAGGAUUACGAUGAGAAGACGGAAACCAUCUCGGAGAGAAUGUUGAUUCCCAACAACGUCUGGGUCAGAAGUUGGGAAGCAGCGCAGCCAAUUCCAGUAUCCAAUCAAGCACGAAUCUUUAACGACACAAAGAUUGCUGAGGAGAUUCUUGAGCUCUUCAACAACGCAACUUUGGACGAGGUGCGUGAAUGGAUGAAACCGACCGUUUUUGCCGCUACACUUGAACGUCUUAAUGAGAUUGAGAAGAGUUAUGGUAUCUCAGAGGAGAAACAAAAGCAGAGAGUCAAAAUUGCAAAAAUUCUGGCAAAUGCCACGUUGAACGACUCCAUCGCUGAAUACAUUGACAUCGCGAAGUACUGUAGUCAAGUUGAAAUGAUUUACAUCAUGAAAGUUCACCUGAUGCAUCUCUUCCAAAAUGCUAAGGAGAAAAUGUACCCACCUUACCCAUCUGAUGCGGAGAUCCAGAAUGCAAUCAAGCAAUUGGUGACUAUCGCUGUCCAUAAUCUCUGGGAGGACUCACACGAGAAUGAGCCUGAGUUCAUUGUGAAGGCAAUGGAUCCUAUUGGACGAGCUCUUGCGGUUAUGGGCAAGUUGGAUGGGCUCACGGAGCAACAGUUGAUCAAUGCUCACAGAAAAGAGUACAUCUUCAUCUGGAACUACAAACGACCAUCAACAACAACUCUGCCAAUGACUCAACGGAUGUAUUCCGACUUGAGAGCUGACAAGCACAGCUUAUACUUUGCAACGGGAAUCGAUUGCAACUUCUCCAACGCUUCAUAUUUGUAA